CUGAACUCAACAUUCAAAGACUAUGAAAAUUCCUUGACAAAAUGCUGACAAUGUCACACUUGACAAAAUAACUUUUGCGACAGCUUUAUACAUGUUUUCAGUUUUCUUGCUACAAAGUUAUUUAUUUAUUUCAUAUUUGCAUUACCAUAAUGGAAACAAUUUUGAAAAAACCCGAAGAUCAACAGCGGACUAAGCCACCGAAUUACAUGGACUUCGACUUGUUUCUGCCAUGGGCUUAUAGGCAACUGCAGGUUGACGAAAAUAUGCUGACAGUAAAGAAAAUCAUUCAGACGGAUUACGUGAGCGUUGCAGGGCAUCCAGACCGACAUAAACCAAAAGCUAAAUCGAAAACUUUCAAGAUAGAGCAUAGUUUAGGUACUCAGCAAGACGAUCAAGAUGUCUUCCAAAAUCCACAUGCCCUCAAACACGCCUGCGACAUCCAUAUCACUGCCGUAUAUGACACCGCAGAUCACCUCGUUCAACUGAUAUUCCAAAACAACAGAGAGAUCCCAAGACUUAUUUUUAAGAUCAUAAACCUGAUGAUUCACUAUUACAAUUUUUUAAAUACUAUUACAAUUAACAAAGGUCUCCAAGGAUACAGCCUUUACGAAAUCUCCAAGUUUCUACCUUUAUCGCAUAUCACUGAUAUUUGCUUGGAUAACACUUUCAUCGAAGAAGGUAAUUAUUAUUUACUGCUCGAGAACAAAUGUAUGUUACGGCAUCUGUCAUUAAGAAGAUGCAGUAUUAAUGAUGAGGCUGUAGAAAAAUUGGCGAACAAUUUGAUAUAUCCUAAUAAUGGUUCCAAAAGUUUGUCCAUCCUGAAUUUAGCGACGAAUAAAAUCACAGAUGAAGGUGCAAAAUACUUGGCCGAAGCCUUGAGAACCAAUAGGCAACUGAGCUAUUUGAAUUUAGCAGAUAAUAGAAUCACAGAUAUUGGAGCGACGUAUUUGUUCGACUCUUUACUGGAAUUUCCUCUCACAUGUUCCGAGAUAUUUGCAUCCAGAUCGCGAAAGAUGACUUACUUAAAAGAAAAAAAUGAACACAUCGCGCGUAUUGUAAAAACUCUCCGAACCAAUGACUUUGAAAAACGCGUGGCUAAGCGAAAAACUAUAAAACCACCAGUAUCUGCUAAAAUGAGGGAAAGAGAAAACUCUUUGAAAUUUGUGCCAACUUCAAAGAGCCUCGUUGACCUUAACAAGAUUAUGUAUGAUAAAGCUGCCGAUAUGGCUGAAAACCUUUUGGGAAUUUUCUGUGAUCCUUUUGAUAAGGAAAACACUAGAGAGGAAGAUGGAAUAAUGUACUGUAAUGGCAAUAAUACUCUUUGCAAUUUAAAUUUGGCGUACAAUAAUUUAAGUUACGUAAUUCUUAAGAAGUUAUUAACUGUUCUAAAAUAUCAAAGAGAAAUGGGACGCACACCCAAAGGUUUGAUUUCUGUGACUAUUGAAGGUAAUUAUAUGCCAGUAUCUUGUAGAGAGCUAGAACAGAUAGAUAAUAUGAUACAAGUCGGUGUUAUGACACUAAGGAAUAGGUUUUCUGCAGCAAAGAAGCGAUCACCAGCCAAAUAUUUAUAUAAGUUUUUGCAUUUAAUGGAUAAAACAAAUCUUGCUGAAGAUGACGUGAAGCCGCCAAGCCCAACAGAGUUUGAUAUAUUUGUACCCUGGGCUUGUCAUCAGCUGCAGCUCAAAACGAUGGUAGUCAUCAAUAGAACACAACAACAAGAAUACGUUAGUGCAACAGCAUCUGAUCCAUCUAAAUCCAAAACAAAGAACAAAGUCAAAGAUCAGUCUCAAGUAGAAUUCAGUUCAGAGCUAGAUGAAGACUUCAACAAAGCUUCGAAUGCGUCUAAUAACGACAUCUUGUACAUCAACGCUGUUUACGACAACAAUGGUAAUGUGGUGAAAAUAAUAUUCGACAAAACUGGAACCAUUCCGCGAAUUCUCUUCAAAGUGAUAGGGCUGAUAAUCAAGUUCCAUGUUUAUUUAACAACCAUCGUUAUAAAUCGAGGCAUCGACAAAUAUACCGUGUACGAACUCUGCAAGUUUCUACCACUGUCUAAUAUAACGGAUAUAUGCUUGGACGGCACUUAUUUGAGAAAUGCCAGCUAUCAUUUACUGCUUGAGCAGAGCAACUUGAUCCGAAACUUGUCUUUGUCCAGAUGUGGUAUAGAUGACGUUGUUGUAGCACUGAUUGCUGAUGCUUUAGCAUACCCUCUACCUGCAUCAAAAUCAUUAUUAAUACUUAAUUUAUCAUCAAACAAGAUCACGGAUGUGGGAGUCACAUCAUUAGCCAAUGCAUUGAGAACAAACAGACGCUUGAGUUACUUAAAUCUAUCGAAUAAUAUGAUCACUGAUCAAGGCACAGCUUGUUUACUGGGCACUUUAUGUUUGUUUCCUCUUACAUUAUCAGAGCUUAUAGCCUCAAGAUCCCGACAUAUUUCAUUUCUGAAAGAAAAGAGUGAUCGCGUAACGAGUUUGGCGAAAGAAUUGCUUUCAAAUGAUAGCGAUAACAAUUGUAACAAACGAGCCACAAAACAGAAAAUGAAAAGUGCCCCUAAGAAAAGUAGGAUGGAGUUGGAUGCUUCUAUGAAAGUCAUACAAGAAUCAAACAGUGCAAGUAACUUAGACGCAUUUUUUGACAAAGCCCAAGCUAUGGUCGAAGCAACUGUAGGCUCAUUCAAGGAUCCAUUUAACAAGGACAAUACAUAUGUAAAGGAUACUAACACUUAUUGUUUUGGUAAUAACAGUUUGUGUUAUUUGAACCUGUCUUACAAUAACUGGAGUUAUUUGACUUUGAGAAAGUUGUUGACCGUUUUGAUAUAUCAACAAAAUAUGAAUAGAAAGCCUCGAGGUUUGGUGAACUUGUUCAUUGAAGGGAAUUUGCUUCCAAUGUUUUGUAAAGAGUUACAAUUGAUAGAUUCAAUUUUGUACGAUUCACUGUCUUUAAGUCAGCGUGAUACUCCGCCUCGACUCGUCUCCACCGGCCCUUUCAAAGCGACAGGUUUAGAAAAAGAGAUCGGCCACAAUACGGUUGUGUGGGAAAACGGAUUUUGGAACAUUUCACGACCAACCUGUUAG